CGGCUCUUCCCCACCCGUCCCCUUCUCCGCCAGCGUCUCGCAGCGCCGCCGAGCCUUCCUGCUCGGCCCCGAGCCCGGCACCGAGCACCCCUUCCCUGCCGCGGCCACAACUUCCUCCGCCGGCCUCGCAUCGCAGCCGGCUCCCUACUCCGGAGGGGCGGUGGCAACUUUCCCGUGCGGGGAAGAGGAACCGUGCUUAGGCCCUUCCGCCGCGUCGUCCCCGUUUCCCGCACGGCAGGGGCAGCGGCAGUGCGGGCAGCCCGGGGGUGCGGGGUUGGGCCCGGGCGCCCCUCACCGCGGCGGCGGGGCCUCCCAUCAGCUGUUUCCUCCUGUUUGUUGUCAAGUUGCCUGCGCUGCCCGCAGCGCCCGGCGGCGGCGCCGGCGAAAGAGCCACCGGCGGUUGGCUGCGCGUAGCCCCGUGACGGCGCGUACCCGGGACCCGCCUCCCCUUCCACUCCCCCCCUCACGGGGCUUUGUGUGGAGCCGGGGUCGUCCCAGCUCAGGGUGCGGGGUUCACAUCGCCUCUACCGGCCUGGCCGUGCAGCGUUACGGGGGCCGGUGCUGCCGCUCCCAGAGCGUAGGUCAGUUCCCCCCCGCUAGCCCCUGGGGCAGCCCCGGUGCCACAUGUUGGACGGCUUCGCAGGUGAUGGGGUGCUGCUUGCUCCGUGGGGGCUGGCUCCCCGCCGCCCUCGGUAACCCCGUGUCCCUGCCCGGGGGUGACUCGCACUGAAGGCGGUUGUCGGAAGCCCAGUGGUGGUUACUCACGGCUCUUCAGCAGUGAGCCCGUCAGCUCUUCGGGCUGGUUUCGACUGUGGAAGUGUGGAUUCCCAGGGAGCUGAGGCAUUGGAACAGGCUGACCAGGGCAGUGGUGGAGUCGUCGUCCCUGGAAGUGUUCGCACACCGUGCAGACGGGGCCCGCAGUGAAAUGGGCAGAGGCCAGAGGCUGGGCCUUGCUUCCUUCAACAGCCCCAGAAAUCUGUGGCAGAUGACUGAAUCUCAGACCUCCUAAGAGACUGACCACAUCUGUAUUUUCAGAUGCACCCCCAAUUGUGAGCAGCGGAAACCCACGCAGAUGAGAAGAGGAAGCUCAAGCCCAGUUCCUGACAUGUGAAGAUGAAGUUUAAGCCUGGUUCCAGAAUCUGAGAUGCAGUAGAUGGUGCUGAAGCAACACUGAGGCUUCUGAAAUAUCCACAGUCCAGUGUGUACAUGGAAAGUGCCUCCUGGCUCUGCCAAACACUGAUGGUCCUGUGUCUUCAAGAGAUGCUUUCUGGGACAAGAAAACACUGACUGUCUUUGAGUAUAAACUUACGUAAGUUCUAAAAAUGGGAAGAAUUUUUCUGGAUCACAUUGGUGGCACUCGCCUGUUCUCCUGUGCAAACUGCGACACUAUUCUGACCAAUCGUUCUGAGCUCAUCUCCACUCGUUUUACAGGGGCCACGGGAAGAGCCUUUCUUUUUAACAAGGUGGUAAAUCUGCAAUACAGUGAAGUUCAGGAUCGGGUCAUGCUCACUGGCCGCCACAUGGUUCGAGACGUGAGCUGCAAGAACUGCAACAGCAAACUGGGUUGGAUCUAUGAAUUUGCCACUGAAGACAGCCAGCGCUACAAGGAAGGCCGUGUUAUCCUGGAAAGAGCGUUGGUCCGAGAGAGCGAAGGAUUUGAGGAGCAUGUUCCAUCUGACAAUUCCUGAAGAGACUUGAGUCUCUUCUCAGGUUCUCUUCAGUUGAAACUCAAAAAUAAUAAAUUCAUCAAAAAAAUCUGCUUACAUACACUGUCACCUUAGCAUCAGAGUCGGAUUCGUGGACUACAGAGUGGGAAAGAUUGUGAGAGUAUUUCAGAUGGAACCUUCCUUUCUUUAUUCCUUUUAUAUUUUACUUUCCCUCCAGAAGCUCUUUGUAGAAAGAAUGUUGUGCAGAUGCUGUAAAUUUUUCUCUCUUGCAUUUACAUCUGUUAGAUUUGAGAUGGUAUCUACAGAUACAGCGGGCUAAAAUGAAAAUAUUUGGGGGGGUUUGUCUUCUGUUAGAGAGAAAUUCGACGAGGUUUCUUUCAGUUUGCACAAACUGAUGUCAGCAUAAAGUUAUUUUAAAACUACAGGAUUUUUUAAAAACUAUAUUCCAAUUUUGGAGUUAAGUUUUUAGUUAGUGGUUUUGGUUUAUUUUGGGUUUGUUUUGGGUUUUUUUCACCCAGUCUUUUCACCUGAUCUGCUAGCUAAAGUAAAGAGAUCCGAAUUUGUGCUGAGUGCUAAAGGUUCAGUGUUGGUACAGCUUGGGCUGGCCCUUGUGCCAUAUUCUUGUUGAGGUUGAUUGGUAGCACAGAGCCCAUUAUUUCUUGUCAUUCUUGACCCAAAGAUGUCACCAUUCCUUGUUUAUUUGUGAAGUCCCAUUCAACAAGUAAACUGGUGUUGAUUGGAAAAUACUCUUGGAAUAGGGCAAAACUGCUUGGCUUUUUUUUAACUUUAACUGAUGUAACUUAUAAGCAUAGUAAUAAUAUAAUAGUUGUCUGUUUAGUCUUGCGUUGCUUACGAUUCAAGCUGUGUUUGUAAUGAUAGGGAUCCACUGAGAAACUACUGGUUCAGUAGUGAUUUUUUUUUCAUUGCUCUCCUAAACUCAGUAAGUAGACAGGGAGUCACAAAUCUUUAAUUCUUCAAGUAGUGUUCUUUAAACCCAGAACUUCCUAUGUUAAACACAGCUGCUGUGUAAAAGGAGAAGAUUGCCAGCAUGUUUGUUCAUGCCCAGAGUUAUGCAAUCUGCAUCUCUUGAAAAGAUUAACUUAAACAGCUUGUUUUCAAAUGCUGCUUCUGGUGUUGAAACCUUUAUCUCUCAACUGUGUUGAAUCUUUUUCAUGGUGAUGUUCCAUUUUUAUCUUUCUGGGCAGCAGUACAUGUCAGCCUAGUAGUAACUAGUGACUUGGAUUCCUGCUUUCUUAUUGUAGAGGUCAGCUCUGUUUGAAACCGUGAACUUGCUUGCCUUUUUAGCAAAAAUGCUCUUCAUUAACUUGACUCAAGGGUGCCCAAACACUUUUGUUUUGUCUUAAGUCGUAAGUUAAGAUGUCAAGGGCUGAAAUUUAUUUGAAUGUUAGAUAUGUAUGAUUCCUUAUCAAAGAUACUUUGUUUUUUUCUUCUUACUGGAUAAACUGUGGUCAACAUGAAAAAAGUUACCCACAGGCUUAGAAGAGAGGGAAAAACCCUCUACCCAGCCAAACAGAUCUGGGCUCUGACCUUUCAGAGUGUUUUUCUUCACUAGCCACAGCUCCAUAUCUGAAGUUAAAAUGUGGAGGGUGACUAUGCAGAGUAUUUUUCUUUUAUGAUUUUUUGUCACCAGGUGGCAAUUUGGACACCCCUGACUUGUACCUAUUGCCUAUUUCUUGUAAAAGUAGCUUUCUUAUAGAAUUGUCCCAUAGAAGGAGAACAGAGUAGAUCAUACCAGAGCUGUGCUUGAAUCAAGCUGCUUAAACGAUCGUGUACUUGUGCCUCAAAUGAAUCAGUUUUUGCACUGAGUACAGUAGUACCCCGUUAUCUUGUACUUCUGUCCUUCACAGACCUUUAAAGCCUCAUUAGCAUGGUUCUCUGCAGUACUUUUCUUGUACUUCUGACAUUACAGUACAAUAAAGUAUGUUUUGUCCUGAA